AUGUCACCGGCACAAGACCAAUACUACGUGAUCCCCAAUAUCAACGCCAUGGACCCUAACGCCAGAGAAUUCGACCUUGCCUCGCAGGGUUGGAUCCAAGCCACCAUCAUCGAGGACGAUGAUCUCAUGUUCGGUGGCAAGUCCUUGAGCACCUGGUACGAGGAGGAGAGAAGACGUCUCAGCAAUGGGUCAUCAGACGAGGAGGAGCACCGCGGUCGCCAACGGGUUCGCAAGCACCACUCGUCACACAAACAUCAUCACCAUCAAACGGAGCAGCACUCUGCGAGCUCCGACAAGAAGCACUGA